AUGAAUCAGGAUGAAGAAUUAUCCUACUUGAAUGAUUUUCACGAAAUCCUACAAUCUGAAGUUUAUGUUGAUCUAGAAAGAUUGCGUAUAUUAUCAAGACAUGGUAUACCAGACCAAUUAAGAGGGGAAGUCUGGAAAUAUUUAUUAGGCGUACAACAAGCGGAUCGUUCAAAGGAAUUAAGUUCGAGUAAAGCAAGAAAUGAAGAGUAUGAGCAAAUGGAUAAAAUUGAUAAUGAAAUAGCCAAAAGGAUUCGAGGUGAAGUUUCGAGGUAUCAGAGAAGGGUGCCUGAAAUACAAGGCAAUGAAUAUGUUCAGUCAUUUGUCAAUAUCAUCUUGGCUUAUUUAAAUGCAAAUCGAGACGUAGAAUAUAGUCCUAAUUUAGUACCUUUAUGUGCUCCUUUUAUUUUUAUUUUGAAAACUGAAUGUGACGCUUAUUACUGUUUUGAACGACUUAUGAAUGCAAUAGAAGAAGUCGAUAUUAAUGAAUGGUCAACUUCUUGGCUACAAAAUUUAUUAGCAAAAGAAAUGAAAUUAGAGAAUUUGGUUCGAUUAUGGGACACUUAUUUUGCAAUACCAGAUCCUUUCGCUUUUCAUCCAUAUAUUUGCUUAUCUAUUCUAUUAAGCGCGAAGGAAGCACUUGAAGACUUGGAACAAUCAGAAAUUAGAACCAUGUUACUUCGUUUACCCACUUUGAAUAUGGAAAUGAUUAUUGCAGAUGCUUAUAAUUUUAGACAUGAAACAAUUGAGAGACAAAUGAACGAAGAUGGUGAAUUAUAA